AUGUUGACCACAAGCAAUCCUGACAAUGUGCACCACGUCUUGAGCACAAACUUUUCCAACUAUCCCAAAGGGCCAAAGUUCAGGAGGAUAUUUAAGAUUCUUGGAAAUGGGCUUUUCAAUUCUGAUUUUGACGAGUGGAGGAAGAUACGAGGACUUGCUCAAGGCUUUGUCAACCACAAGCAGUUCCACAGGUUCAUGGCUAAAAUCAACCAUGAUUUUCUAGAGAAUAAACUGGUUCCAGUCCUCGAUAACGCAUCCCAACAAAACCUAGUGGUGGACUUACAAGAUGUAUUCCAGAGGCUUAUGCUUGAUGCUACUUGCAUAACGGCUACUAGCUACAACCCCAAUUCCCUCUGCUUUGGAUUCCCAGAAGUCCCAUUCUUAAAGGCUCUGGACGAUGCAGGAAGAACUCAAAUCAAAGUUGCAGUGAACAAAGCCAAUAAAUUGCAUAUAUUCACGGAAGAAGAGCUAAAUAAGCUGGUUUAUCUCCAUGGAGCUUUAUAUGAAACACUAAGGCUAUUCCCACCAGCUCCUCUCCAGGUCAGAACCUGUAUCCACCCAGACACCCUUCCAAGCGGUCACAAGGUUAAUUCCAAGAUGAAGAUCGUAUUUUCUGCAUAUGCAAUGGGAAGAAUGACAUCAGUCUGGGGAAAUGAUUGUCUUGAAUUCAAGCCUCAAAGAUGGAUCACAGAGAAAGGAGGGAUCAAACAUGUACCAUCACACAAGUUCUUAGCUUUCAGUGCAUGUCUAGGAAAGGAGUCUGCUAUUACUCGAAUAAAAUCUGUUGCAGCUGUUAUCCUCCAUAAUUACCAUGUCCAAGUAAUGGAAGGCCAACUUGUGACCCCUAAGGCUUCUAUUGUUCUUCACAUGAAAAAUGGUCUAAGGGUUAGGAUUAAAAACACAUGGCCUUAA